AUGCCCCGGCUAAUCAGGCGACGACCGUUCCUCGAACGACUGAAAGCAUACCUCAACCCGCUCGACUUUCUGCUGUGGUUAUCGGAAGAAUUUGACUCGAAUGACUGGGCGCAGUGGGAAAGGGAGUGGGCUAUACCGUUAGGCGUUGGCAUCAACUGUCUAUUUCUGCUCGCGCGUGCGAACAGUCGCAGUCGUAGCCAGGCGUACGAUGAUGUUUUUGGAGAAAAUGGCGGCAUCAGCUGGUUGAAUUGGUUGGCCUCGUUUAUCGUGCACCUCCUCGCUCUCCUGUCGGUCUUGAACGCAGUAUACACAUUCAAUCGAAAGCGGACUUAUCGACUAUUCGAGGCAUCCAUCGAUAAUACUCCCGCAACUCCCUCUGCGCAGCGAGUCAAAGUGGCAUCGUCUCCGCGCUCUUCGUCCCCAUUGCGCCUCAUUUCCAACGUGUUAUCAUCCGGUUCUGCAGAGAGCAGAUCGCAUCCCAGGCCAGAACGGGACGUCUGGCAAAUCGGUGUCUGGGACCCUCAUCCUUUGGCCAUUAGGCUGUUCUGUCUGUUUAGCCCUGGGCACGUUCUUGUGUAUUGGCUCUUUCUUCCCACCGCGCCGUCUGACCCCCGACCGAGCAUGACUAUUGUGACAACCAUUUUCCUGGCCACCCUCUUCACGGUUCAGCUGUCCACCCUUUCAUCUUCGUUCACGCAGCAGUCGAAGGACUCCAUGUUGAUACAUAAAGAGGUUCUGAAUGAAUAUGACAUCAAGUAUGUCCAUCCACGGACACAGCCUUUGAUGCGUGACGUUGCAACACAGUUCAACACCGCCGACUCGUACCAGCCUCAUAAAGACGAGAAGUACAAUAAAGUGGAGACGUACACACCGACUGUGAUGCGUCACGGAUUUAAAACUAAUCCUAAUCCCAAUUAUCUCCAACAUAUUGACCCCGAGUCGAAAGGUGUACAGGGUACCCCGCGCAGACAGUUAUUUUCCACUCCCAGGACGUCUUUCUCUGGCUCAACGAAGGCUUCAAGCGUACAAACACCGAAGUAUGGAAUUGAUUCUUCUCCACUGAUAUCGCAAAGCGCUCUUCGACAGCCACAUUUCCGUCCAACGCCUAGUAUGGGUGACGGCGGUAGCUUGGGUGUAUAUUCCCAUGCGCAAUCCCCAUUGAAGAGAAAUAUACCGACAAAUUUAGACCAACGCAGUACACAUCGCCGUGGUGAUUAUGAGAGUAGAGAUCAUGCCCAGAGUCCUGCGAGAUUGCCCAGCAGUCCUCUGAAAAGAUCCAGUGUUCCUGGGGGAAUAAGCGCGUCCGCAGCCGCUCAAAGAUGGGGUCACUUGGCUACUCCAAGUGGAAGAAGGGAAAGUGGCAGAGUUUGA